GCGUGUAGAAGCGCGAGCCAAGCCACCGCCAGAGAGGGGUUCCCCUUUCCAACAGUACGCACAGAGGAGGGAGGCUGACAGAGGCUUUUCAACGUGUGAAAACUUGAUCAACAAACAACGAGGAAGUACCGCAGAUCGAGGAUCGACUGAAUACACAAACUGAACUUUCUCAAAGUGAAAUGACCAGAUUUGAAGGAUAAAGUGAAUCGGAUUUGCGCCUCUCCUCGUGCGCUCUCACGACGGAUUUAGGUCUCCAAUGCCCAAAGAGUGCAGGAGAAAGAGCUCCAAGGAGUCCGUGCUUUUUGGGACUGGAAUAAACGAGGGGCCGCGAUUGGAGCGAAGAACAGCCGGGAAGGCAUCCCACAUUUGUGAUGAUCUCAUUCAGAAUGCCGCUCAAAUCGCCCCGUCGUCCGCAACCGGAGCACCGACUGUGAUGGAUGCGCGCCGGCUACCGCAGGUCACCAUCACCCCGGAGGGAGGCGGCUCCUCGCGGGAGAUGCAGCAGGAGGACUGGGAUGAUGCUGUGGACGGUACCCUGCGCAGGAAACUGUCCAACUCCUCGAUCUCCUCCACAGGGUCCUCUGCUGUGGAGUCCGAGGAUGAUUUACUCAGCGACAACGAAAGCAAAAGCAAAGGCAUCAUCACUUUAGAACAUCUGGUGGACACUGGAGAGAGCAAGCCGUGGUGGAAGUUGAAGACAAUCGUCAACUGGCCCUUCAGUGUUACGCAGAGGAGAAAACUGAACUGGGUUCAGCUAGCCGGGCAUAAAGGUAACUUCAAAGCUGCAGAUGAGGGCAACAUCCUGAAGAAGUUUUCGGAAAACGAGAUGCAGUGUUUUGAGAAGCUGAGGGAUGACGCGCUGCUCCCGUUUGUGCCCGGAUACCACGGCACUGUGGAAAAAGAUGGAGAGUCUUUCCUUCAUAUGACUGACCUGCUGGUGAACUUUGACCUUCCCAAUGUCAUGGACUGCAAGAUGGGAGUGAGAACGUACUUGGAGGAGGAGCUUGUUCGGGCGCGGGAACGGCCCAAGCCGCGGGAAGACCUGUACAAAAAAAUGGUGGAGGUGGACAGCGAAGGGCCGACUCCACAGGAGCAUUCCCAACAAGGCGUCACCAAGCCUCGCUACAUGCAGUGGAGGGAGACCAUGAGCUCCACCAACACCCUGGGCUUCAGGAUAGAAGGGAUAAAGAAAUGUGACGGUACGUGUCGGACUAACUUCAAGAAAACCAGAUCGAAGCAGGAUGUCAUCCAGGUGUUUAAGGACUUUGUCGGAGGGAAUGUCGACAUCAUAAAGUCUUACCUGAACAGACUGACGGAGAUCCAGCAGGCCCUGAAGAAGUCAGAGUUCUUCAAGCAACACGAGGUCAUUGGCAGCUCGCUCCUCUUUAUCCAUGACCACACGAGAAAGGCACAGGUCUGGAUCAUUGACUUUGGCAAGACCACAGCGUUACAAGAGGGUCAGACAUUAAACCAUGACAUUCCCUGGCAGGAAGGCAACCGGGAGGAUGGCUACCUGUGGGGGCUGGAAAACCUCAUCCACACUCUGGAGUCUGUAAGCAGUGAAGGGAUGGGCGAAGUUACCAAAGAAAAUAGCCAAACUACAGAAACAGAUGGUCAGUGACUUAGACUUGUAGAUGCAUGAAAGGAGGUCAAACUAUUAUAAUGGACACCACAGAGAGACACUUAGGGAGGUUUCAUAUAUGUUGAUUUGCUUUGGGUGCUUGGUGAUAAAUGUUAAAAAGAGUGCAGAAAUAAUACAAGAAAGAACACUUUGUGUAGCCCAAGAGGAGCUUUAUAAAGCCACUGACAGAAAAGAAACGAUAGACACUGAACAGAGAGGAGCAGAGAAUUUGUCACUAGUUACUGAACGAUUGACCAAAUGAACUGACACUAAUUCAACUUCCUAGAAAAGGAACAGAAGUGAAAGUGUAGGGAUUCUGCAUUUCAGUUUCAGGGACGAGGUGUUACAUGUAAAGGAAAUGCUCAUGAAAUUAAAGGUGAGCAAUCUCAAGUCCGCAGACCUCCUUAUUAACAUCUAACCCUCAGUUACACCUGUAAGUGUAAUAUUAAAGGAGAAAUUCUGUGCAGUAUGAAACUCACAGACCUCACAGUCAUAUGACUACAACACAUAACACAUUGUCAAUAUAGUUCUGCAGCAUAAUGGUUAGUGUGUAUUAUCGGUCACUGUUCUGACAAACGCAUUUAUUGUAUAUCAAUUUAUAUUUCUUUCACUGAUUUUAUUCCUGUAAUCAAACUUGUAAUUAUUUUCAUUUCUUUGUUAUAACACUUUUUCUUUGGUGUUGGUCAGAGAUAAUUGAAAAUGUAUAUGGAAUUAAAAAAAGGCAAAUACUGUUAUUUUUUUGUUUUCAAUAGUAAAACACUAUUGUGGUAUUUUAAUGUUAGUUCACUCUGUGUUUCUGAUCAAACUCACACAAAUAAGAUCAAUAUAUGUUGAUUUAUUAGGGGCACAGUUAGGUUAGAGGAAAGGGUGAAAGACAGUAUAUUGCAUAGAAUGUCUUUGCAUAACACCCUCAGCUACAUAAUGAAUACAAAAACAAAAACUUUUCAAUGAGUGUGAAAUAAAAUGCACCAGGCCAUGAAAUCACAAUUUUUCUAAAUGGCACAAAUCUCUUGCUUAAAAUGAGUCCUUAGAAAACAAUUUAAAUCGCCUUUUCUAAAAGAAAUUAUUUUCAAGUGGACUGUUGAGCAACCAAGAUAGAAUUCACUAAUAUCAGCCGGCCUGAGCAUAAAAACAUAUAUAGAACCCUUAUAUAAAUGUUACCAUUCAUUCAACAUACUAAAAAAUAAACUAUGGACAUGUUUAGGCUCAAAAUAAAGACACGUUGGAUAAACCUACCCAAUUGAUUAAAUAUGAAUAAUCUAAAAACAUAAAUACUGAAUAAAGAUUUUAACAAUUGAAACAUUGAUUAAUUGUAUGAACUGAGAUACCUGCAGCAGCAUGUUUGGUAUAUCAAGGCUGAAUACCUCACCCUGCUGAGUAAACAUAGGUACUACCAGCACUACAUCAGUACAGUAGAUGCAGUGCAGAGGUAUUGAAUGGCAGUGAUCAACUACAAAUACAGAUCCAUCACUAGCAUAACAAAAUACAAAUAAAAGAUAAAACAGCUACAAAUGCAAUGGGUUAGUCCAGUGUACAGAGAGGUGAGUACAAAAAUAGCAAAUAUUUUCACAGCUGCAUGGUCAUCAAAUUCUACACACUUAAGAGACCUCCUGAAAUCCAAGUAAAUAUCGGGACAAAGGGAAAAACAAUUGUCAAAAAUAUGCAAAGCCAAAUCAAGAUCUAUGUAAUUUGGC